CGUUGAGACAGACAAUGUUCGAACUUUAUUAGAACUGCCAUCGACGAUCUUUCUAUUCUGGUAAAAUACGAAACAGCAGCUGCGCAUCAUCACGCCCGGCGAUCCAGGGCUGCUUGUGGAGAAAUGAAACGGUGAAAAUUGUCUUCGUCUGCGCUAAAAUCCCCUGGUAUUGGCGGUAUUGGCCAGGUGUUGGGACCACGUUAGAAUACAAACCCCUCUAACGCUCAGCACUGCCCCGCCAAGCUAGCACAUCGCGGUGUCGAGGCAGCUGUGGGGCGGCCAAGGCCAGAUAUUCAUUUCGCAAAUUAUCCCACCAUUCGCAUCUUGAAGCUCCAAGCGACGAUAGCUCACGAGGCUGCGCAUACUAAAUCCCGACGACCAUGGCCGCAGAGUCGAAACCCAUCGAACCCCAGUUGGCCGAGGAGGAAUCCAAGGAGGAAUCCAAGGACAAGGGCAAGGGCAAAGAAGCCACCAUCGAAUCCGAAGAUGAUGGCGACGAGCCUGAGCAGACAGCCGACGGCUCUGCGGGUGCGGGUGCGGGUUCAGCCGCGCCAUCAACGGCAGCCAAAAAGAAGAAGUCCAAGAAGAAGAAGCUCAAGGAAGCUCUGACGGGCAAGAAAUCAUCAUCGGCAGCCGACGACAAGGAAGCGGAGAUGCACAAAGCCAUCGAUGGCCUCACGCCCGAUCAAGUCCAAGGUCUUCUCGAUCUGAACCCGGCACUGGCGAACGAGAUUGCCGCAGCGAACAAUGGCAGCACUGACCCCAAUGCGGCGGCUGAGGCGCUUAAGACGCUCAAGCUGCAGGAUAUCAUGACUGGUCUGGCUGCGAGCGGCAAGAACGCAAAGGACAUGGGCGCGUACAAGUUCUGGAGCACACAGCCCGUCAUGAAGAUGGGCGAGGACACUGGGAAGGCGCCCUUCGAGGACGGGCCGAUCAAGGUGCAGAAGGUCGAGGAUGUGCCUACAGAAGCGGCGCCUCUGGUGGCCGGUUUCGAGUGGUGCACCGUGAACCUCGAGAAGCCAGAGGAGCUGCUAGAAGUAACGGAUCUGCUCGAAGGCCAUUAUGUGGAGGAUAACGAGGCCUUGUUUCGAUUCAAGUACUCCAAGAGCAUAUUGAACUGGGCGAUGAUGCCGCCAGGGUGGAAGAAUGACUGGCACGUCGGAGUGCGAGCCUCGCAGUCCAGGAAGCUGGUGGGCUUCAUCUCGGCCGUCCCCGUCGAGCUGCGCGUCCGCAACCGCGUGAUACAUGCGUCCGAGGUUAAUUUCCUCUGCAUCCACAAGAAGCUGCGGUCGAAGCGGCUCGCCCCUGUCCUCAUCAAGGAGAUCACCCGCCGCUGCAACUUGGAGAAUGUAUGGCAGGCCAUUUAUACGGGUGGCACUGUGCUCCCGACCCCGGUCAGCACGUGUCGGUACUUCCACCGUGCCAUCAACUGGCAGAAGCUGUGGGAGGUGGGCUUUAGUCCGUUGCCGCCGAACAGCAAACCCCAGUACCAGAUUCGGAAGUAUGCCGUGCCAGACAAUACCUCGAUCAAGGGCUUGAGGGAGAUGCAGGAAAAGGACGUUGACGCUGUGCACGGUCUGCUCAAGAGGUAUCUGAAGAGAUAUGACAUGGCACCCGACUGGACAGGGGAGGAUAUAGUGCACUGGCUACUCCACAAGAAGAAGAAGGAUCAGCUCGAGGAGCAAGUUGUGUGGUCAUACGUGGUCGAGGACGAACACCACAACAUCACCGACUUCAUCUCCUUCUACUGUCUCGAAUCCUCCAUCAUCUCCCCAGGCUCCAAGCACAAAGUCGUCCGCGCCGCCUACCUCUUCUACUACGCCACCGAAGUCGGUCUCACCUCCCCCGUCGAUCAACCAGCCCUCAAGAAACGCCUCAACGACCUCGUCGCCGACGCCACGAUCCUCGCUAAGAAGUACAAGUUCGACGUUUUCAACGCGCUUUCGCUCAUGGAUAAUGGGCUGUUCCUUGAAGAUCAAAAGUUUGGCGCCGGCGAUGGACAGUUGCAUUAUUACUUGUUCAAUUAUCGCGCGAACCCGAUCGCCGGCGGGGUGGAUAAAAGGAAUAGGCUGGAUGAUAACUUGAGCGGGAUCGGGUUUACAAUGCUUUAGGCAUUGGGGAGGGGGCAGCUUAGAGUCGAGAGGGGGAAAUCGGACAUGGAAGGGGGAGGUGCGUCUUCUAAGAAACUGAUAUUGCAUCAACACAUGAGCAUUUCGGGCACGUAUCAUCUAUCUU